AAGCAUCAUUGUGUUAAAAACUUGAGGUGCAGAUUGGAGUCUGAACCCGAUAGCGUCGAUUGCAGUGUGGUGCUCAAGUAACUUCGGAGAACAACAAAAAUCUGAGCAACUAAAACGGUAUCUUGAGAACAAAGAGCCAAAAACUCUCAAGGAUAUCUCAAGAAGAGUUCAAGGAGAUUCGAGAGAGAAGAAAACCACAUGAGCAGUACAUUACUACUUGCGGCGUAUCCUGACAGCAUCACUGAGUGUCUUGAGAUCGUGUUGAGAUGGCUUUUUACUGGCAGCUGUACGAGGAUGUCACUUGGAAGGUUUACGUGGGACUCGCUGCGGUCGUCUGUCUGGCUGUCUACUCGUUCAGGCGGUGGAACACGCCUGCGUUCUACCGGGGCACAGCGACACUGAACGGGAAAACCGUCAUCGUAACAGGUUCUAACACGGGCAUCGGCUUCGAGUCGGCACUCAACUUCGCCCGUCGCGGCGCCCGGGUCAUCCUGGCCUGCCGCAACCCGUCCAAGGGGGAGGAAGCGGCCGCUAAGAUCAGAGAGCUGACGGGGAACGAUCAGGCGGUCUUCCGUCUGCUCGACAACGCCAAGCAGGAGUCCGUGAGGCAGUUCGCUGAGGUGAUACUCCGUGAGGAAUCGCGGCUGGAUAUCCUCGUCCACAACGCCGGAGUUUCCCGUUGCCAUGGUGACGAGAAGACAGAGUCCGGUUACGACCUGCAGUUCGGCAUCAACCACCUCAGCCCCUUCCUCCUGACCCACCUGCUGCUACCCCUGCUGGAGAAGAGCGCCCCCAGCCGGGUCCUGGUCGUCUCCUCCAUCGCCCACAAGAUGGUCAACACUCUCUGCUACCUGCAGUCCAAGCAGGCGUGGGAGGAGACCGUGGCCUACGCCACCUGCAAGUUGUCCAACAUCCUCUUCGCUGCCGAGCUGGCCCGCCAGGUGGAAGGCCGGGGCGUGACGGCGUACUCGCUGCACCCUGGCAUGGUCGACACCAGUAUCUUGCAUCCGCGCUCCAGCAGACUGCACGGGGAGUUGCUGCUUUUCUUCUCCCGAAACAUUUUGAGACCGUUCUGCAUCUCACUAGAAGCCGGUGCCCAGACGACUCUUUACUGCGCGCUGGAGGAGUCUAUCACAUCCUACUCGGGCCGUUACUUCGCCAACUGCAAGCUGGCCAAGCCGAGCAAGCUGGCCCAGGACGAGAAGGUCGCCUCACAGCUCUGGGAUAUCAGCUGUAAAGCCACUGGCAUCGAGAAUUACUGAGAAUUCACGUUAUUAGUACUGAAAACAAAAACCAGCAGUAGCCUUAAUAGGUCUAGGACCUCUGAUGGGAACUUCCUGUAUAAUGUGAUGCACAUUGUGUUCAGUGGCCUGUCCAGGUUUUGGGGGUAUACAGGAACAAUAAUUUGGAUAGACCGGAAGGUCAUCAUGUGUUUCCUGACUAACCCUGAGUCAUUGACUGACUGAGUCUCUGAUUUAACAUACUAAAUCAAGACUUUUAAGGGUCCAUUGGAUAUUUUCGUCCGUAAAAAAUGUUGUUAAAAGCGGGACGAGGGUGUUUGACUGCGCUUUCUGUUCCUGGAUACGUCACUGAUAAUGUUUAAUAAAAUAACGGACUAUUGCACUAAUGUUUUUCCAGUUAAAACAAUCUUACUGUAUAAUGUUGUGAUGGCCCUCUUUAUAUACAGCGCGUCCCAAAUACCCGCAACUUGUUUUUGCGAGGCGCUAGUGUCGGCGCGGAAACACGUACCGCCAUUAUUUUUAUAUCAUUUUAAAGCUUGGAAUUUGAACUUUA